UGCAACAGGAAGACGAUGAGAUGGUUGUUCAAGUGGUCUAUGUUUUCUAUGCGAUCAUAACACAUGAAGAGCUCAGUGAAAGUGUGAUGGGUGGAAGUGCACAAGUUGGCGCCUAUCUUAUCGACUUGAUGCAUGACAAGAAUGCACCGAUACGUGCAAUAUGCGAUCGUGCGCUUGCAAUCAUCGCUGUAUGUUUCACCUUAAAUCAUGCAGUAUGA